GUGCAAUGCAUCUCCCUCGUAACCCUUCUCGAGUCCGACUCAAUGGUCUCUAGCCAUGGAUCCAGAGACAUCAGACAACGACGGCUCAUAUCGGUUCUCCCCUGUCACAUUUAACGACCACGCCGGUCAAUUGUGGAUCGUGACAAUUUUGUCGCUGAUCUACAGCACGCUUGUGGCUCUGGCACGGUUGUAUAUCAAGUACCACAAGUUCGGUUUCGAUGAUAUUUUUUUUGCUUUGGCAAUGCUCAGUCAAUUGCUGUCUUUAUUGCUUUGAGUAAUGGCCUCGGCAAGUUCAACUCUAUCACUGCACCAGAACAAUGGGCGACAUCUUCGAAAUCAACUCUAGCGGCCGGUAUUCUCUGCCUUUU